UAAGAAUUUAAAUUUAUUUUAAGAAUCAUAAAAUGUUUUCUUUUUUGUAUAUUCAUCUAUCAUUCUCUUCAGGUAUAUAGUGUGACUCGAAUAUUUCCGUGUUGAAAUAGACAUGUAUAUGUAUAUAACAACCUUAAUGUUCAAUUAUUUUACUUCUAAAUUUGAAAUAUUUCUUCCCUCCUCGAUGCAGUAAACUCCAUGUGGGAGGAUAUACUUAAAGGUCAAAAAAGGAAAUGCAUAAAGCGAAAAAACGCCCUAUCGUGGAUGCAUAUAUACUUAAAUAAAUACAAGUAUGUAUAAAUGAGGAUAUAUGUUUACCACAUGAAGGAACUCAGUGUUCAAUACUUCAACUUCGACUGUACUCUAAGCUUAUUUGCUUUCUAAAAAUGACCAAGAUUGAACCAGUGACUGAUGAUGUGAUUAAUAACAUUACUAAUAAUCAUACUACUACUACUAAUAAUAAUAAUAAUAAUUGUAAUAGUGAUGAAUAUCAAGGCUUUCUAAAACAAUUCAAUCUCUUAAAUAGUAUUUCAGCUGAAUUUCGUAAUAUCUGUACAAUACUCGGUACUGAGCUAGACUCUACCCUGGUUAGAAUAAAUUUGAUUAAUUUACAAAAAUAUAUGAUGAAUGAAUUACAUAAGAAUAAAUAUCAAUUAAUGAAAUGUUGGCGUAAUGCUAAUACUGGUGAUCAGAUGACGAAUAUAACAAGUGAACAAUCCGAUCAAUUGUUUAUUGCAUUUACAACAUUUAUUGAAUAUCAUAUGAGAGGAUUACUGAAAACGCUGCAUUUAUUAACUUUAUUUCCAACAUACAAUAUAACACAAAAUGAAUGUUCUUCUUCUACUACUUCUUCUUCUUCUAAUAAUAAUAGUAAUGAUAAUAAUAAUAGUAAUAGCGAAAACAUAAAGGUGAACAAUGCAGUCAAGACACUAGUGAAAGCAUCAUUAUUCACGGAUUCAUCAUGGAUAUUAAGUGAUAAUACAGUAUUAAAUGUAACUAUUAACUCAUUAAUUAUGACAGGAUUUAGUAAAUCUUUAAAUUUUGACCUUGAUACAACAAUAUUAGAUAAUGAUAAUAAUACUAAUGAUAAUACUGAUGACAAUGAGGAGGAUAAUGAAAAUAAUGCUGAUAUUAAUAGAAGUCAAAAAGAAAUAUUUGAUUCAAAUCUUUCAGAAAUUGAUAUAUUGAAAAGUGAAUAUAGUAUUUUACAAAAAGCAUUGAAUGAUAUUUCAUCAUUAAUUUGCCUCUCACCAUGGAAUGUACUCGCAUUUCCUGUGGGCAUAGAACAAAGAUUAUCUUUACUCGACUCCACAUCUACUGUUCAUCCGCCUAAAACAGAUGGUGAUAGUAUUUUUCAUUCUUCAACAGGUGAACAAAUUACAGCGUCUAGAACACAAUCAAAUCUUAGUGCAUCAAUUGGACAAUCAAAUAUGCAUCUUUUUUCAUCAUAUAGAACAGGGCAAGUACAUAUUUGGAAAACACUACGACGAUGUUUUAAACAACGAAAAGUUUUAGCUCUUCUUUUUAUUGGUGCUAUAAUAAUUGCAGCUUUAAUUAUUCUACUUAUCUUAUUUAUUGCUAUAUUUCCUAAAAUGACAGGUGGAUGAUAAAUAUGACAAGUAUUGUUUCAAGUCAAGGUCGAUUUUUCCCUCUCUCUCUCUCUCUCACUCUCUUGCUUUCUCUAUAUAUUUCUUAUUUUGUAGUUACAAAUAUUUUUGAGAAAAAGUUAUAAUUCUCAUUAGAA